AUGGUCAAAAUCAAUAUGUACGGACGGGGGCUCAGCCUUCGGCUGGCCAUCAUGUUCACCUGCCAAGCAGCAUUCGCCUUAUUCGGCUACAACCAGGCAGUAUUUUCUGGGAUUAUCAACAACGCUGAUUUCCUCGCCAUCGUCCACCAUCCCACUACGGCUGUAAUGGGAAUCAUAGUGUCUAUAUACAAUCUAGGCUGUCUCCUUGGCACAGCGGUGGCCUUCUUGACAAGUGACAAUUUAGGUUUUCGAAAGUCCGUGUGGCUUGCGAUGUGUAUAAUUAUAAUUGGGGCAACGGUCCAGACCAGCUCCUACUCCAAAACACAGUUGCUGGUGUCCCGGCUCUUCACUGGGAUUGGAAUUGGCAUCAUGACAACGACCGUGCCGGUGUACCAAGCGGAAUUAUGUGAAGCACGCAAACGAGGAAUGUACGUCUGCACUCAGCCUCUCGCUGUCGGUGUAGGUAUUACCAUCGCGUACUGGUACGACUAUGGCAUGAGCUAUGUGGAUGGACCUAUCAACUGGAGGCUGCCCAUCGCCAGUCAAGUGAUCAUCGCAAUUCUAGUUAUCAUAUUGCUUCUUGGACUUCCGGAGAAUCCUCGGUGGUUGUGCCGUCAGCAUAGGAGGCAGGAGGCCUUGCAAGUUCUAAGCGACUUCUAUGAUCUACCACUAGAUCAUCCAACGGUAACCCAGGAGGCUGAAAAUAUCUUCAGGGCCAUAGACGAUGGUCGUCCAGAGUAUAAGUGGUCAGAGAUCUUCAAGAAAGAUGAGCUUCAUACGGGUCGACGAAUCUUGCUGGCGUAUGGGCUGCAGUUUACGAACCAGAUGGGAGGGGCUCCCUUGAUUGUUGUAAUCCUUGAAGAUAACGUGGGCCUCGACGCCAAGUUGAGUUUAUUGCUCAGUGGAGUGAUCCAAUUGAUGUUUGUCAUAGGUGCUUUUUAUCCCAUCUUUUACUCCGAUCGACUGGGACGGCGGAGUCCAAUGAUGUGGGGAUCCUUUGGCCUCUUCGUAUGCCUACUCAUGAUCUCCAUUCUUCUGUCCUUCAAAGGGACAAACCUGGAAAAGUCGGCCGCUACGGCCUCCGUGGCUUUCUUCUUUCUGUAUAUGCUCAUCUACGGGGCCACGAUUAAUUGCAUACCAUGGGUAUACGGGCCAGAGCUACUGCCCCAACACGUCCGGACAAAAGGGCAAGCCAUCGGAAUUUCGGCUAACUGGCUCUGGAGCUUUUUCGUGAACAUGAUAUCUCCGACGCUGAUCCGAGACCUGGCAUGGAAAGGGUAUCUCAUCUUCGUCGCCUUUAACCUCGUCUUUAUACCGAUCGUGUACUUCUACUAUCCCGAAACAGCUAACUUGAGUCUCGAGGACAUUGAUUCCCUGUUCGGAGUCCAGAAGGCACAGCCUAUUCGGGAGGAUGACAAAGGGUUUACCUGGGUGGAAACCAGACCCGUGAGCUAA